CCACCCGACAUCAACCUCCGUUCGUGUCUCCGGAAGACCAAGCCUUCCAACUUCCCGACAACAAGAUACAACCCACGACACAACCAAACUCAUUCAAAAGUCUUCUAUUCAAAGAUCCACAGCUCUCCUAUCCCAAAAUAACUCAAAAUGGCCCCCUCCUUCCACAUCACAUCCGCCCACCCAACCCUCCACUGGUCCAGCAAAACCAAACCCAUCCUCACAGUGCCCCCCAACGAACCCGUGACUUUCGACCUAGGAGACUCCUCCGGCGGCCAAAUUACACCCACCACAACAACCACCCACCUCGCAACCCUAGAUCUCGCAACCUUUGACCCGAUCUACGGCCCCGUCUCCAUCGAAGGCGCAUCCCCCGGCUCCGUCCUCGAAAUCGAAUUCCUCUCCUUGAACCCCUCCUCCGGCUGGGGCUGGACCGCAAUCCUCCCAGGCUUCGGGCUCCUCGCCGAUGAAUUCCCACACCACGUCAUAAAACACUUUAAAUGGACCGACGACGCGACGCACAUCGUGUUCAAACCAGGCAUCAAAGUCCCACUGCAUCCGUUCCUGGGAAUCUCUGGCGUAGCACCCGCUCAAGAGGGCCCAUUCUCGACGAUUCCGCCGUUGGAGACGGGCGGGAAUAUAGAUUGCAAACACAUCACAGCCGGCACGAAACUCUACCUCCCCAUCCGCGUCCCCGGCGCGAAUUUCUCCUGUGGAGACGGGCAUGCUGCGCAAGGGGACGGCGAAGUCUGCGGUACCGCAAUCGAAACGCCCAUGAAAGCUACUCUCAGCUUUACUAUUCGAAAAGACAUGCCCUUUGUCACGAGUCCGCACUAUGAUACGCGCGGGUCAGCGUAUGCGAGGGCCCAUCGGGUAGAGGAUGGUGGUGUGUAUGCGGUGUUGGGCAUCGAUUCCGACUUGUUGGAGGCGAGUAGGAAGGCGCUGAGGGCGUUGAUUGCGUACCUUGUUGCAACGAGGGGGCUUGAGAGGGAGGAGGCGUAUAUGUUGUGCAGUAUCGCGGCCGAUUUGAAGAUUGCGGAGAUUGUGGAUAUGCCCAAUUUUGCUGUGUCUGCGAGUAUUCCCUAUUCUAUUUUUGAGGACCAUUCUUGAUCUACCCAACAAUGCUUUUUAAAGUACAAAAACGAAAGUCCGAUAAUGGUAUCUUUUCUUCAUACAAACCCCCCAUAUCAUUAUGGAUGUACAUUUAUCAUGUUGCUACACUCUCCUUGCUGGAAACCCCCUCAAAGGCCCUCUUCGAACUCCUUCUGACACCCAUGUAAUUAAACUCCGGAUCGCCCAUCACACCAACAGUGUAAUGCCUCGUCUGAUCACAUUCCCUCCGGAACCAUCCCAGCCGGAAGCCUAUACCAGUCAUGCGCCCGUGCAACUCAGCCAAAGACAUCAUUUCGGCACCAGGCGGCAGAUGCGCCGCGACGUUCGAG